AUGAUAAUUAAUAACUCCAACGACAGUGCUUUUCGUUUCACUCAUGCCAUGGCAUUCAUAUUUGGCUUGAUAUUCUUGUUUAAGACCAUAAAUUUCUUACAUUCUUGCUUUUUCAGGCCUCCAAGAACUCCCACCAUACUCCACACACCGGUCGAUGUUCCAUCACCUUACGUGUCCGUGUCAGUGGCUGAGUCCUUAGAGCACGGUCACUGCCACGGCCACGUAGACGGUCACAUCGACACGGGUUACGAGAAUUCCCCUAAGAUGUCAUAUUCUGAUGAAGUAAUGAAGAAAAGUAGUGUUGGAGGUGGAUGCAUCAUAUGCUUAGGGGAUUACAAAGAGAUUGAGAUGUUGAGGGUUCUUCCUGGUUGUGGCCAUGUCUUUCACCAAGCUUGUGUUGAUCCAUGGCUCAUGUUACACUCCACAUGCCCCAUAUGCCGAAAAUCAUUGCCACAUGCACCAUAG